CUAGGUUAGUUGAGUAGGUACCUCUUUCAUAAGAACAUCGUCGAGCUGCAAACGUACUGUAAUCACGUAGACCUGUUGAAUUGGUGGGUAAUUCGCUCUAGCUUAGGCCUGAGCACGAUCUCAAGUCAGGGAACGUAGGUGACCUGCCUAGUCCCCCUGGUUUCUCGGCGACAGUGGGAUUCCCUUGGCUAAUGCUGAUGGAUGAUGCCGUACUUCCGUCUCACCAACCUUAGACUAAUAACGGCGGGGUGGAUCUCGUGGGAGCGUGAGAAAACAAGUGAUCGUCUUUACUCUGUUCACCACGUCUGAACUAAGCAUGUCAUGGUGACGCGGACGGUGAGCAGACUCGCCCGCCUGCCGGGACACCGCGCGUCUCGGGCGAGAGUGCCGCGAAAUGCAGACAGCGCAUCGCCAUCGAAUUCUUUAUUAGCAGCAGCCGCUGAUACCGCAUCUGAUGAGCCGUCCUCUCGUGGUCCGCGUUGCAACGGGAGGAGAGGGCCCGACGAGGAAGAAAGUGACACGAGACCAGGCUGGCGCUCAGCAUUCCAAAAAUUGAUUGAGGGCAGCGCAACUGCCUUCGGGUCAAUUCUAGUUCUCGGGCUAGCUGGUUAUUCCUACCAUGCGUACUACAAGGCGCAUGUGCUGCGCAAGAUGGAAAAUGCGUUCGCUGUUGGGUAUUCGAGCGUAGAGCUGGCAGCAUUGAGUCGCCAUGUCAGCGCGACCAUCCCGCAUUCCAACCUCACAGCUGCAGACUUUGAGGAGAAUGACUGGGUGCCGCGAUCAGAGCAGGCCAUCAUCGAUAGCAUUGUCGACGGCACUAUCAAGGGACAGUACCAUCUGAUCACGGGAGAGAAGGGAACCGGCAAGACGUCCAUGCUUCUCAAGGCCAUGCGACAGAGUGGCGGCGAGGGUACGGCCAUGCUUGAGGCCCACGGCGAUCCCGAGAUAUUCCGCGUGAGGCUAGGCAAGGCCCUCGACUUCGAGUUCCAUGAGGACUACAUUGGGAGCUUGUUUAGUUUCAAGGGGCCACGCGAUACGACCGCCCUGCUCGAUAUCGAACGCGCCUUCAACAAGAUGGAGAAGAUUGCACUCAAGCGCAAAGAGCAGGUUGGUAAGCCGCUCGUACUCAUCAUCACUGGCGCGCAUCUAGUGCGCGACGAUGCCGAUGGUCAGGAUCUGCUUGAGUUGAUACAACAACGGGCCGAGCUCUGGGCCGCAAGCAACCUCGUCACCGUCAUCUUUGUGAGCGACGACUACUGGACCUUGGAACGCCUCAUGUGGCAAGCGACCCGCCUGCGUGUAACAACAGUGCACGAUGUUCCCCGAGACACCGCUAUGCAAGCACUGAGGGCCUUUCGUUUGAAAAACCACAACGAAGACGUGCCAAUGCCUAUCCUCGAGCAAGUGUACGAAAAGGUGGGUGGGCGUCUUAGCUUUCUUAGCCGCGUGGCCAAAUCAGAGAAUAUGAUCAAGGCAUGCGACUCCAUCUGUGAGCGUGAGAAGCGCUGGCUCUUAAGCCACUAUUGGAUCCUGGGAGCGGACCUGGACCCUGGCGGGGAAACACAGCAAGACUUGUCAUCGGCUGCCAUGCUUCUAGCGAAGGCUCUCGUCGACAAAGAGAAAGCGAUGAGAAAAGCCGGGACUUACGAUGGCCGACUACCUCAGAUACCCAUCCACGAAGCACAGCAGCUCAUGACGAACUCGGCCUGGAUCAAGGAACACGAGCACAACAACAUCUUCACCAUCAACUCCGACGGUAUGGUCCAGGCAGAUUCUGUCGCAAUGCAGCAUGCUAUGCGCGAGAUUUGCGAGCGGGAAGGUUUUGAUGAGCACCUCCAAGCGACCUUGGACCGUCUAGAUGAGAUUGAGUCUCUGCAAAGAACCAGAGAGAUCACACUGAAAGAUCUACAAGAGAAUGGAGAGUAUCAAGCCAAUAUUAGCAAUGGGGUUAUCUCCAUUAAGCUUGGUUCAGCAAAGGCAGCUGAGACCUCGAAGUGAUGCCUUUGCAGGGCUUCAGCAGAACCCUGAAACAGUCCCAUCAGCGCCCCCUCGCCAAAUCCCAGCAGAGUGGUGUACUACGUACUCGUACGUCAACUAACCCGGCCCCCCGUCACUGCCCCGUCGAAGCCCGUCGAAGCCUUCCGGGCCACUGGUAAUAAUUGAGCCAAACCCCGGUUACAGCCCUGUUGAAUCCCUGUCAUUAUGUCGAGUUAACAUUGUACAUUGUACAUCCUGGAACUGAGCCACCCCAAGCAUGAAAAUGAUUCGACCAAAGCUAUUCAUUGCUACGAUAAUCUUCAACGCU